GGACUAAAGAGAAGAGGUGGGAAGCAGCCUUCCCCUCCAACUAUCUCUUGGCAGUGUCUCUAUGGCUGCUAUGUUCACUCCUCCAUUGUUCCCACAUUCCAUCGUCGCUGUUACUGGCUGCUACAGAACCCUGACAUCGUCCUUGUGCACUACCUGAAUGUCCCCGCCCUGGAAGAUUGUGGGAAGGGCUGUGGCCCCAUCCUUUGUUCCAUCAGCAGCGAUCGAAGGGAAUGGCUCAAGUGGUCCAGGGAGGAGCUGGUGGGGCAACUGAAGCCCAUGUUUCAUGGCAUCAAGUGGAGCUGUGGGAAUGGGGCAGGUGAGUUCUCAGUGGAACAGCUGGUGCAGCAGAUUCUGGAUACCCACCAGGCCAAGCCCUUGCCCCGUACCCAUGCCUGCCUCUGCAGCGGAGGGCUCGGUUCCACAGGGAGCCUACCCCACAAAUGCAGCAAUACCAAGCACCGAAUCAUCUCCCCUAAAAUUGAGCCUCGGACCUUGGCCAUACCCCCAAUCCCACCUCCAAGACCCCCUGAACCCCUUCCACAGGCUCUCCCACCCCUUACUGAACCCCCUGACCUUCCCAAGGUUGAUACCUCACCCUCUUCCUCUUCCUCCUCUUCUUCUGGCUUUGCUGAACCCCCUGAAAUUAGCCCCAGACCUCCAGUAACUCCAGGAGGGCUGCCCAGGGCAGGACCUGCUCUCCUCCUCCUGACAGGUUUGGAGCAGCUCACUGGGGGUUUAACUCCCAGCAGGCACUUGGCUUCUCAGCCUGAGUUUGGGCCCUCCCUGGGCCUGGCCUUGGUCCUAAGCCCUCAGCCUCCUGCCCCACCUGGCCCUCCCAGUCCCGCCUUUGAUCCUGAUCGAUUUUUCAACAAUCCCAGUCAAGGCCAGACUUACGGAGGUGGGCUGGGGGUGAGUCCCAGUUUCCCUGAGGCAGAGGCAGCCAGAACACCUUGCACAGCCCUGGAACCUGCUGCUGCUCUGGAGCCUGUGACAUCAGAUCAACAGACUACUCCUAAGUCUGGAGAAGGAAGAGAAGGGAACCGAUUCUUUAUUCGAGAUGAUGCAGGUGGAACUGGACCUGCUAUAGUCUCCUCAUCCCCAUCCAUGGAGUCAUCAGCCCGGCCUGGAAGAGGUGAAGGGCUGUUUGGAGGACCAGGGGGGACCAGUGAACUAGAGACUUUCAGUUUGUCUUCCUUCCCAGACCUCAUGGGGGACCUGAUCAGUGAGGAGGCUCCAGGGGCUCCUGGCCCUCCAGCUCUUAGUGUUAUCACUGACUUCUCUCCUGAGUGGUCCUAUCCAGAGGGUGGGGUCAAGGUACUGAUCACAGGUCCUUGGACAGAGGUCUCAGAGCGUUAUUCUUGUGUCUUCGACCACAUCCUUGUGCCAGCCUCACUUGUCCAGUCUGGUGUCCUGCGCUGCUACUGUCCUGGUAUGGAGGAGUGGGAAGCACUGAUCAGACAGGUCAGGGUGGCAUAAUCUCUAGAUGUCUUAUCAGGAGCUUCACCAUUAGAGAUUGGAGGCUGGAGACUUAAUAUGGGGAAACCUAGAAGGUCACCAAGGCUAUAUCUGAAAUUAGUCUCUGUCUUUUUCUCCAAAGUAGCCAGGAGUAAGGAGGCAGCAUUGGGCAAUGGAAGGAAUCCUGAACUUGGAGUUAGGAAAUUUGGAUUCUAGUCUCAGCUCUUCUUAGUCACUGUGUGCCUUAGCCAAGUCAUUUAACUUAUCUGAACCUCAUUUUGUAUUGUCUGGUCUCUAAGACUGUUCCGAGCUUUGUACAUCUAUGGAGUUAAGGGGUCCGACAACUUUAAUCCAAGGUAGAAAAAGA